AUGCUAACCAAGACAUGGACGGAUAAAGAGCGGGAAGUAUUGAUCGACGAGGUCCACAAAAGGCCCGAACUUUACAAUAAUGCCCAUCCCGAGUUCAAGAACAAAGAGCGCCGAGCUCAGGCCUUUGAUGAUAUCGCCCAUCUUAUUGCGUCCGUCUCCGAGAAUCCGGAGCAAUCAGUUGAUGGUGGGUUACUGUAACAUUUGAGUGAUUAUAUCUUUAGGUCGGACCGUAUCCGCGCAAUGGAAGAUCCUCAAGGAUUCGUUUAAUCGGACAAGGAAAGCCGCAGCCAACUCCAAAACGUACAAUGUGCCGGUUUGGCGUUUUUAUAGACAGAUGGAGUUCCUAGUGCCUUAUACGACAAGAUACGACCAUUUUACAUCCAGUCCAACACCAGCACCGCCAGUGAAUUCGCUGCCAAAUUCGAGUUCCACUCAUUACAGCGAUACCUCCGGUGAUUUGGACGAUGACGACGUGGAUGAUGUCAGGUCGAAGAGUAGUAGUAACCAUGAUGAUCAUUUCGUAUUACAAUCACCCGAGCAAAAGGUGGUAUUGAAUAGCGGGCAAAGCAGUUCCCAUGGGGAUGAGAGACACAUUGAAGUUCACACUCCAAACGGCUCUCACGAAGUUCACGGCCCUCAUUUCUUGGCCGCAAGCUCUUCUUUCCAUUACAAAGACCGGUUCAAUCAUGAUCCAGAAGACUUCUCCUUGUCCUCAAUCACUCCCACCACUCACAUUUCGAAUCAUAUUCUCCUCUCCACCAUCGAUCAGCCCCGGAAACGCCCUCAUCAAGAAAUCUGCAUCCCAACCACAGCCUUGGUCAGCCAUGGAUCAGCGUCCGCGUCCUCGACCAACUCUUCCUCAGCCUCAGUGCCUUUUACGACCACCGGAAACCUCGAGGAUUACGUGGUGGAUGUGGUAAAACGACGGGUUUUCGACUCCAGGGAAGACGACUUUGACCUCUUUGGCCGCUUGGUGGCGUCGGCCGUGCGGGAAGUUGCGCAUUUUGAUCAGAAAAUGUUUUUGGAAAUGAGGAGAGAGAUCAACGAGGUGGUCUACAAGUUCGAGAAGAAGAGAUUUGGCUGA